AUGACUUAUAGUAGUUAAUUUUAUUUUUGUUAUAAAUUUCGCCAAUUUUUUAUGCUUUUAUUAUAUUAACAAAAUAUUAUUACUUCAAUUAUGUUUCAUAAAUCUCGUCCUUUUCUGGUUACUUCUUUCCUUCGGUGUUUCUUCUGAGUGAUCAAUCAUCAAUCAAUGUCUGAGCAGAAGAAAAAGGCAGUUUUUCUUUAGAGCUGUGACGUCACAUUUCGCUGUUGUAUGUAGACGACAUGAUGCACUUGAUAUUGUCAAUUUGAUAUUGAAGUUAUGGGAUUAGCGAUUUUAUAAAUGAGUGACUAGGUUCUGUUUUGAAUGAAUUUUAGCGUACAUAGUACAUAUUUUUAGUUUGAAUUCAAGCAACAGUGAAAAGAAGGAAACUACCACUUUCCAUUUUCGGUUGCUUCAAUGAAGGUGCUUCUGUAAUAUGUGCAUUCUGUGAAAUGAGGAGUGUCUGUUAAAGAACUUUAUAAUGGCUUUAGAUGAAACUAAAAUUAUUUAUCAUAUUGAUGAUGAAGAUACUCCUUAUUUGGUUAAACUUUCAAUUCCACCUGACCGUGUUACUCUAGGUGAUUUCAAGAAUGUUCUUAAUAGGCCAAAUUAUAAGUUCUUUUUCAAAUCAAUGGAUGAUGAUUUUGGGGUUGUGAAAGAAGAAAUUAGUGACGACAAUGCAAAACUACCUUGUGUUGGAGGCAGAGUUGUAUCAUGGCUUGUCACUGCUGAAGGCAGUAGUUUGUCUGAUAGUACAUCACAGUGUACUGAUACAAUGUCCCAAAGAUCAGAGUUAAGGCUACCCUUAGAAAGAACUGUUGGUAUUGGAGACAGUAGACCACCUUCUUUCCAUGCUCCUGCUUUAGACCAUAGGGACUUAGGAGAUACUUGUACAGAGACCGAGUCUGUCAUUAGCUCAAGGAAAGAUCUCCAUUCACAUAUGCAUCGUUCAAUGAAGCAUAGAGAUAAACAUUUUCAUGAUGAUCAUGUAUCAUGUGGAUGUCCUCCAACUCGAAUUAAUGGCCAUGCUAAACCCACUCAUCCUCAUAUACACUCUCGGCAUAGGAGUGGCCACGGCUAUGAGUCUUCCUCAAUGAUGACAAGUGAUAUUGAAAGCACUAGUUUUCUUGAUUCUGAAGAAGAAACAACUAGCAGAAUAUCAACUACAACAGAAGAAAGUAGUGUUUCUAGGAUUCAUCCCAGACAUCGAAGACGGCGGAGACGACACAGAAUGCCGCCUAUGAGUCGAACAUCAUCUAUCAGUAGUAUAACCGAUUCUACAAUGUCUCUAAAUAUUAUAACAGUCACUCUAAAUUUAGACACUGUGAAUUUCCUAGGUAUUAGUAUUGUUGGACAAUCAAACAAAGGUGGAGAUGGAGGCAUUUAUGUUGGUUCAAUAAUGAAGGGAGGUGCUGUGGCUUUAGAUGGUAGAAUAGAGCCUGGUGAUAUGAUAUUACAAGUCAAUGAUAUCAAUUUUGAAAAUAUGAGUAAUGACGAUGCAGUUCGAGUUUUGCGAGAAGCUGUUCAAAAACCUGGUCCAAUCAAAUUGGUAGUUGCCAAAUGCUGGGAUCCAAAUCCUACUGGUUAUUUUACAAUUCCUCGCACUGAACCUGUUCGUCCAAUAGACCCUGGUGCUUGGGUUGCUCAUAUUGAAGCCACUAGGGCUGCUGACUACCCGCUAAGGCCACCAUCUGUUAGCACUCUUACUUCAACUAGUUCAUCAAUUACCAGUUCCAUACCGGAGUCGGACAGACCAUUUCAAGAAAAUAAUUUAACUGUAGAAUCAGACAUGCUUUCUAUUGUAAAGGCAAUGAUGAAUCCAGAAUCUGGUUUAGAAGUGAAAGAUCGAAUGUGGUUAAAACUUCUUAUACCCAACUCAUUUAUUGGUGCUGAUGUUGUUGAUUGGUUGUUCACUCAUGUCCAAGGUUUCCAAGAUAGGAAAGAUGCAAAAAAAUAUGCCACCUUAUUACUUAAAGCUGGCUAUAUACGUCAUACUGUAAAUAAAAUAACUUUUUCUGAACAGUGUUAUUAUACUUUUGGAGAUCUUAGUACAAAUAUCGCUGCCUUGAAAAUAAAUGAAGACGAUUCUGUAAGUGAAGCUGAUCGUGACACACUUGGACCCCUGCCACCGCCUUCUGGUCCAUCCCCUUGGGGAAAUCAGAUGCCUUAUUCUGGUAGCUACAUCCCUCCAAAUACAGGGUUCAUGCCUUUACCAUUCAACUACACUAAUGACAAUAAUAGUAGUUGCAAGAACUUUGUACGAGAAGGUAGUGUUCACAGUGGUUCAGGUGGUAGCAGCAAUGGAGGUGAUUUAAUGCCAGAUAAAGAUAGAAAAUCUGGUAGUCCUGGUGGCAGUGAUUCUGAAGUAGCCAGUCAGCAUAGCUGUCGCAGAAUUACUAAUCCAGUUGACUGUGGACCUGGAAGCAGUGGUAGUGACCGUAGUGCCAACACGAAUAUUACACAAGAUGUUCCAAGACUGGAUACAAUACCUCCUGAACUUUCUGUUGAGGAUGAUAUAUUGGAAUACCGCUUCUCUGACAAGGGGAUUGUAUAGCUAUGAAGCCAUCAACCUGAAAAACAGUUUUUGAUAUCAGUAUCAAGGUCCAAGUAUAUUAACUUGUACAGUUCAAACAUGUGUAUCAUUAAUAUUGUAUUUUGUUGCAAUGAUGUACUUAUUGUUAUUUUUCAUUCAUUGCAAGUAUGUCUUGAAAUGCAUUGCAUUGAUAUUUUCAAAUAUAAUUAAUUUUGAUAUAAAAAAAUCUAUUUUUUAGUUCUUGUUAUGUGAGAAUAAUUUUGUGAAUGUGGAAAAAAAAUUUUGAACUUCUCCAAAUGUUUAUUUGUUUCAUUAAUUCUUGUAAAAUGUCUUAUAGCUACUAGAAAUAAUAUUCUCUGUAAAUUUUCAAUGAAAGUGAAUAAAUAUAUUCAUAUUACACUAAAAAGGGUGGAUAAAUAAAACCAAAGGGCAAUGUUAAAAAGUUUUAUGUAUGUGCAUCAAUUUUUAAAAAAAUAAUAUAUAAGUGAUAAGUAAUCUUAUUUAUUAAGUAUGUCUUUGUAAUUUUAAGAACUUUAUGAUGAUUGAUUCUAUGCAAGAAUAGUUCCCAUUAUUUAAGGUUUUCUGCAAUGCAUAGAGCAUGAAAAUCAAUUUAAUGUAAACAACAAUUUAGUCAUUAUUUAAUGAUUAAUUUAUUUUUAUAACCUUAUUGAAUAAAUGCCAGACACUUUUUUCAUUGUAAUAAUCCCUUUUUUAUGGAAGUAUGUAACAUUUAUUUUGAAUAUAUCUUUUAUUAACUUUGUCCAAAUUUUAAAUUUAUUCUAGAUUUAAAUACGAGCUUAAUGCAUUGCAUAUCAUUGAACGAAUUGAAUUGAUUGAAUUUGUUUUAUAUGUUCCAGACUAAUUUUUAAAUUUCACAUAGCUAUCUGAAAUAUUGCGUUUUGUCUCAAUCCUUUUGUCAAUCAAUUUUGUUUCAGAUUGUAAAAUUCUAUACUGUGGUAAUUUGUUAGGAAAAAUGCAUGUUAGAAAUUUUUAAUGUUUAUUGUAAUUUUGUAUACUUAUUUGCUAACUUGCUUCAUGGAAAUAUUUUUUAAUCACUUGUAAAUUCAUCAGCAGCAUAUAUUUUAAUUUUUUUUUUCAAUACAUAGGAAACAAUUUUUAAAAAUAUUACUUUGCCUUUCUAGUCAGUUAAUUUCAAUUCUUUGCUUGAAAAAAAUUAUUUCAUGAAUGAAAUGAAAGAGCAUUUAAAAAUGUGAUUGAAACUUGAAUGAUUUCUGACUAAUGGUACAGAUAUAUUUUCCCAAAGAAAUCUGUGUGUGCAAUUUGAAUGUUUUCUAGGGGCACUGUAAAUAUCAAUACACUUUUUUAAAUGCUAGUUUGAUUAUUUUUUUCAAUUAAUCUCUCAAUUACAUUUCAGUUUAAAUUUUAGAUCAUAAAUGUUUUGUCCAUAUUUGCAUUUGUUUGUGUAACAUUUUUUAAAAAAGCCCAACUUUUGUUGCUUUUUAAGAUAUCUUUGUAGGUAUGUGUAACAUGGAAAAGGCAUUUAUAUACGAAUAAAUCAUAGAAAAUUUA